GAGGUAUUACGGCCCACAGGGCGACCCGUAGCUGAGGUAGCUGGAGGAGGCGGGGCAUGGAGAAAGCAGGAAGAUUGAAGGAGCAGAGUAGAGCAACAUCUUCCGCCUUCCGUACACUGGACGUGGCUGCCGUACAGUGAGGUCAGGAACCCAUCAGUCUGCACCGGGGACUAUAAUAUGUCUGAAUUACCCAAAAGAGCAAGACGGACCACAGCGGCCCCAAAGCUGGAAUUGUCUUUUCUGAGUGGAUUGUCAGAUUCAGAAGAAGACUCUAAAGAGGAGGACGAAUGGAUGCCAGAAAAAAAAGCUCCUACAUUAAAGCGACAACCAAAGGCGGCUAAAGGGCCUGUAAAGAAACCUGUAGCAAAACCAAGGACUGCUGCUGCUCCUAAACGGAAGGCCGCCUCCAAAAAAAUAAGCAAAAUCUCCAACGCCGCGCAAGAAGAAACUGAACCAACUUCUCAGAACAAUGAUAGCAAGAUUUCUACAUUUGCGGAGACAACAGGACCCCCAAUCAAACAAGAGAGAAUAUCAAUAUCUCUUGAUCAACCUAUUAAACAGGAAAAGCCAAAGACGGUAAAAGCCAAGACAGUAAAAGCCAAGACCCCGACCCCGCGGAAGGCAGGUCCAAAGCUGGUUACAGUGAAGGCAGAGCGGAAGAGUUUUGGCAUCGAGGAAUUCCCAUCAACCAGUAGCUUGAACAUGGACAUACAUGUGAAAGACGAGGGUGCCCCAGUGGAGGAGGAGCCGCCAGAUGAUUUCACGUUUGGCGGUCCACCUGUAAAAAAACUCAAAACGUCUUCUGAUCCUGCUGGGAAGCCAGUAAAAUACAGGGGCUCCGACAGUGACAGAACAGACAUGAACUGGAACUUUGUAGAGGUAUUAUCAGAAAGGACCAAUAUAGAAUCCUGGGUUUGCUCAAACCUGAUCCAGCUCUUUCAGGAUGAGAACACCAUUCCCUUUAUUGCUCGUUAUAGAAAGGAGCUGAUUAACAAUCUUGACGCAGAUGCUUUGAGAGAAGUGCAGCAAAGCUUGGAGGAAUUACGGUCAGUUGCCAAAAAAGCUCACAAUCUGGUAGAGAAACUGAGGAAAGAAGGAAAGCUGAAUUCCAGCUUACAGACAGCAAUGCUGAACUGUAGAUCUAUGGAUGAGAUUGACCAUGUGUACACUCCUUACAAAACUGGAAGCAAAGGAACCAAAGCACAAAGAGCCAGGCAACUUGGACUAGAAACUGCAGCCAAAGCCCUGAUUGAGUCCCCGCAGCAGCUCAACUUACACAUGUACAUCAAGAAUAACACAGAAGGUCUAUCAAAACUUCAAGAUAUCGAGACAGGAGUGCAGCACAUCUUAGCAGACAUGAUUGCGAAAGACAAGGACACGCUGGAGCACAUCAGAAACCUCUGUAAACAGAAUUAUGUCACCAUCAAUUCCACGCUGGCUAAAGCAACAGGAAAGGAGAAGGAAGGAAAUGUGAAAGAUGUUGACAAAUUCCAUUUAUAUCACAACUUUACCUGCAAUAUAAAUAGAAUUCAGCAUCAUCAGAUUCUGGCCAUUAACCGUGGGGAAAAUCUGAAAGUCUUGACAGUAAAGGUCAACGUUCCUGACAGGGUGAAGGAUGCGUUCUCUAGGUGGUGUGUGAAUGAAAGGUGGAGACCAAAGCAGUUUGCAAGACCUGAGCUAAUGCAAAUACUACAUAAUUCUGUGGAAGACUCCUACAAGCGCCUCAUUUACCCUCUUCUCUGCAGAGAGUACCGGUCUAAACUAACUUCAGAUGCCGAGAAAGAAUCCAUUAUGAUGUUUGGGAGAAACCUGCGACAGCUGCUCCUUGCGAGUCCUGUUAGGGGACGAACUAUACUGGGUGUCGAUCCUGGAUAUAAGCAUGGCUGUAAGCUGGCCGUCAUUUCCCCCACCAAUCAAAUCCUCACCACAGAUGUUGUUUAUUUGCACACGGGACAUGGACGUGGGAUGCAUGAAGCAGAGAAAAUCAAAAGACUUUUACUGCAUUUCAACUGUUACACAAUUGCUAUUGGGAACGGAACAGCAUGCAGGGAAACGGAGAGAUAUUUUGCUGACCUGAUUCAAAGAAAAUUCUUUGGACCUCUGAAUGUUGUCUACUGCAUAACUAAUGAAGCUGGUGCAUCUAUCUAUAGUGUAAGCCCAGAAGCUGCCAAGGAGAUGCCAGAUCUAGACCCUAACCUACGAAGUGCAGUUUCCAUAGCAAGACGUGUACAAGAUCCAUUAGCUGAGCUUGUGAAAAUUGAACCCAAACACAUUGGUGUUGGAAUGUACCAGCAUGACGUCUCGCAGGUGCUGCUUAAAGGCACCCUGGAUAGUGUGGUGGAGGAGUGCGUCAGCUUUGUGGGGGUGGAUAUAAACAUCUGCUCUGAAACUCUAUUGAGGCAUAUUGCAGGGUUGAACUCAGUUAGGGCUAAGAAUGUAAUUGAUUGGAGAGAGCAGAAUGGAUCUUUUAUCAACAGAGAGCAGCUCAAAUGUGUAAAAGGGCUGGGUCCAAAAUCCUUCCAACAAUGUGCCGGCUUCAUUAGAAUUAACCAGGAGUACGUCAAGAACCUGUCCAGGGACCCGUCAGGCUGCCAGGCCUCAAACCUUGCUGGAUCGAGUGUGUCAGUUACCCAGGGCACCGUAUCAAAACAAGUAAAAAAGACAGCAAAAUCGGCAGCGAACGUGCCUGCCAAGCCUAACCCACUGGAUCAAACGUGCGUUCACCCCGAGUCAUACGGCAUAGCAAUGAGGUUUCUUACCAUGGUGGAUGGAAGUGCUGAUGACAUCGGGACAGAGAACCUACAGAAGCAAAUUAAUGGAUUCGUUCAAAGAGAAGGCAUCGAUACUGUAGCUGGAAAACUGAAGACCACAGUGCUGACAUUACAGCUUAUCAUCGAUGGCCUCUGCCAGCCUGAAGGCUACGACAUUCGCACAGAAUUUGACAAAACAGACUUCAAAACCAAUAUUGUCUGCCUCGAAGAUCUGAAGGUCGGGACUAUCCUAACUGGGAAAGUAGAAAAUGCAACAUUGUUUGGUGUUUUUGUAGAUAUUGGUGUGGGCAAGGCCGGCUUAAUCCCCAUGAGAUAUAUAUCGGAGGAAAAACUAUCCAAGGAAAAGAGGAGAAGAAGUCUUGGAUUAGGACCUGGAGAACGAGUGGAAGUUAGAGUAAUAAAUAUCGACAUUAGACAGUCGAGGAUAACUCUGGAACUUUUGCGUGUUUUAUAAUGUUGUUGGAUGUUUUCAGCUGCUACUAGUAGAAAUUCUACUGUUCUGACAUCUAAAGUGCCUCCAUGAUUUAGGAUUUGGAGCAGACAUGCCAGUCAGAAGUAAACUCUGGCAGGAUACAUUGUUAUUUUUGUAACGCCAAGUUAUUUCCUCUCACAUCACCAUCACACAUGUCUGAAAUGUCCUCUCCGUGCUUUUUAUUUCCCUCUAAUAUUAGCAGAACUAUUGAGACUGGGAGCUUUUGAACUCUUAAACUAUAAAUAUUAAUUGCAGCACAGCUAACCCUUCAUUCAUGUUAAUGGUGCAGAUACAUUCCCAGUAAUGUUGUUCCAAAUAAUAUUGUGCUUUUUUUAUUUGACAUUUGAUCUCUUAAUUUUUUUUUUACGUGAACAGGUAAAGCCUAGUUUUCCUUACAGUGAGUUUAAAAUGGAAUAUGCUAUAUUGUGCACAUUCUGCUGUUGAUUUGCUGUGUUGCUAAAUGUGUUAAAGGUGCUUUAUCCUCAA